UCUCUUCAUCAAAAUUCUCUCACGCAUCUCACAUCACAAUCUUUCUUCUUCUUCUUCUUCUCUCUCUCUAUAUAUAUGUAUAUAUAUAUAUAUAUAUAUAGAUAUAUAUAUAUAUUAUAAACAAUGUUGUCGAUGGGUUAAUUGUAGAUGGAGAAGUGGGAUCUGCAAGCAGUAGUAGGAGGAAGCAGCAACAAUGACGCCAUGGAAAACACACAGUUCAGUUUUGGUCCUUGGAGUUUCCAACAAGAUGAAGAUCAUCUUCUGAGCUUCCCAGAAAAUUUUGAAACGAACCCUAAAGUUUUAGAUGAGCUGGAGCAACUUUACAAGCCUUUCUACCCUGUUUUGAAUCCAUAUUCAACUCAAACUAUCGUUACAACAUCCCUACCAGUCCCUCCAGAUGUUAUUGAACAACCCCAGAAACCAAAAGAGCAGCAAUCUUUUCCUGUAAAUAAAGAUUCACCCAAACCUACAAGAUUCAGGAAGAAUCAGCAAAAUAGAGUGGUGCAGCAUGUGAUAGCAGAUGAUCUUCCAUCCGAUGUAUGGGCUUGGAGAAAAUAUGGGCAAAAACCCAUCAAAGGGUCACCAUUUCCAAGGAGCUAUUAUAGGUGCAGUAGCUCAAAAGGAUGUUUGGCAAGGAGGCAAGUUGAGCGUAGCUGUUCGGAUCCUAGAGUUUUUAUUAUAACCUACACAGGUGCCGAGCACUGCCACAGCCACCCUACUCGGCGGAGCUCACUUGCUGGAAGCACUCGCAACAAGUCGUUAAUGGCAGCCAAAAGUGUUACUGAUUACAAAAAUGGAGACCGUGCAGAAACUGGUGUUUCUCCGAUGGGCGUUAAAGAUGAGAGUGUGGAACAAGGGAGGAUAAAAAUGGAGGAAUGGGAUGGAAAAAUUCUCAGCCCAGACAUAAUGUUUAGUGACGAUGAAUUAGUUCGAAGGUUAAAGAAUUUUGAUGAAGGUGUAUUUUUAGAGAAGUUUCCGGAUUUGUGUCAUGAACUAUGGUGUGACCGUGAAUUAAUCCAGUCGACCAACAUCUUAUAG